AUGGCCACCUUGGAGAUUGGCAGUUUCAAUUCAGCAAGGGGCAGAGGCAUGUCUUUGCCAGAUUCACUCACAUCAGUGAAGAUUAGAUACUGUGACGAGAUGGACUCGCAGUCAAUGCCAGCACUCACUCCAUCAGUGACAAGCCUGAUUGGUGUACAUUUUGUCUCGCCAUCUAAAUUGCAUUCUGGAUGCAUAACAUCGUCCGUCACAGAGUUGUCAUUUGGCCAGCACUUCAGAGGGCCAUUGGUUCCGGGCUUCAUUCCGCUAUCAGUGACGGCAAUCUCCUUUGGGCCACACUUUCGCCAAAAGCUGAACGGUGACCUUAUCCCAACAUCGGUCACUUCUCUCUCAGUGUGCUUCGAUCGUCUGUCGGAUUUGAGUGACCUCCAAAUGCUUGACAGAUUGGAGAUGUCCCAGGGCACCCUGAUCAGGCUUGGAAAGGAGCUGGGCAAAGCUCCUUUGAAACGUCCCCUGUCCAAAGAACUAUUGGUCAAUGUUGUUAACGGCGAGGGAUUCACACUCUCCAUGUUGGACAUUGCACCAACUAUAUCGUAUUCUGGACGCAUCAACUUCAGCUUCCGAAAGAUCAGAGACGGCCUUGUCUGUUUGGUUGUCUUCCAAAGGUAUUGGAUCACAGCAAUCUCACCUCGAACGAAUUCUUCUCCCUCUCUUUGUGGCGACAUAUUGUUAGAUAUCAUCAGUGGCAUUAUCAAAGAGCUCUUGGGUGUCAGACUCCGGCCAUUGGCAUUCAACGACAUCAAUGUUCAUCUUGCCCAAGAAUACCAACGAUGUUGUCAAGUCGUUGUAUGA